AGAAGCGUUGGUCACGAAGGCGUGAAAUUUCUGUCGUCGUCUAAUCUUCGUGUCUCGGACCAAUGAAUGACCUGGACGUAAGCGCUUAUCUGAAGGAACUCUCCUUGACUGCAAAAAAGACUGGAGAACAGACACCGGGUGCACAAGGAGCAAAACCAGUUGCCAAGCGCUUGAGAUUUGGUCGGAAAGUUGAUGAAAGACGCGUUUCAGAGUCGUCACCGGCACCAGUGACGCAAGAUGCCUUCAGCGAAGACAUUCCGACUGCUUUUCAGAAAUUCCAGGCGCUGGACAAAAAAUAUUCGAAAAGAUCUUUGAAUUUCAAUGAAGAAAAAUCGGAGUCGCUUUCGGUGACUGUGUCGAGCACGCAUGACGUUGGUGAAGUUCCGGAUGCCGUGGCUCCAACUUCUGUGACUCCUGUCUUGGAAAAAGAAGUCUCUGAGAAGAAAGAGACGGAGAAUGACAGAAAUGAGAUUAAUUUGCGACGGUUCUCUGUAUCUAUGGAAGAAAUCCACUCUGUCGAAGAACUGGAUUCUUUGGAAUCGAGAAAAUCUGAUGAUGCUCCAUCCUGCAGAAGUCAGGUUGAAUCUCCGAAGAUCAGUUUGAAAACUCCUGUUUCUGUCGUGGAUGUUUCUACGAGACGCACUUCUCGGAAUGAAGAAGUGCUGCGUCCAAUUCACGGUCCCACUAUUCAGCAACCCGAAAGUGCUCGACAUGUGUGUCCAACGAAAACCAUGAUCUCAAAUUCCUCCGUCCAAACUGUUGAUUUGGACAUGGGAACGUACCCGAGUCGACUUCGACAUCGAGAUGCAUCCAGGUACCUUCAGCCAAAUUUUGUUGAAGGCCUGGAUGCGGAGAAUUCGCACGAGGCGAUCCGAAAGAAGUUCAUGAAGAUGCAAAUCGAUCUGAUUGCGUCUAACGUUUAUCGGCAAAAGAAGCUUUAUUCUACUGCUAUUGACAAUUUGAUUCCGGAUCACGUGUAUCGCAUGUCUGAUAAAAAGAAAAGACAGGAAACUCGGGCAGAAGGUACGUACGAGAACCUGACCCCGGUGGACGCGAAUGGCUGCCUAUUUGACUUGCUUUGGCUAACCCCCUGGGAACUGAAUGAGUGCGAGUACCUUCUUGUAGAAUACGUGAGUGCUUAUGCAGAGUUCCCGCCGUCUGCGCCACUGGCUGAGUACGCUGGCGAGGAAGCGUCUGGCCCUGCUGUCAAUGGGAACCGGAUCCCGAUGGUAUCCUGUCGGGUGUGUCAGGCCAUGAUCGACAUUAGCGACAAGCGCGACCAGCACGUGGUCAAGUGCACCCAGUGUCGGGAAGCUACUGUGAGUUUUGAAUGGCAGCGAGUUCCCCGCACGAGAAAAAUAAUUCGCUGCAUUAUGCGGGAUUUUUCGUUUACGUACGAGAACCUGACCCCGGUGGACGCGAAUGGCUGCCUAUUUGACUUGCUUUGGCUAACCCCCUGGGAACUGAAUGAGUGCGAGUACCUUCUUGUAGAAUACGUGAGUGCUUAUGCAGAGUUCCCGCCGUCUGCGCCACUGGCUGAGUACGCUGGCGAGGAAGCGUCUGGCCCUGCUGUCAAUGGGAACCGGAUCCCGAUGGUGUCCUGUCGGGUGUGUCAGGCCAUGAUCGACAUUAGCGACAAGCGCGACCAGCACGUGGUCAAGUGCACCCAGUGUCGGGAAGCUACUCCGAUCAAGAAUGCGCCGAUGGGGAAGAAAUACGUUCGAUGUCCGUGCAAUUGUCUCUUGAUCUGCAAGGACACUUCACAACGGAUUGCGUGUCCUCGCCCGAAUUGCAAAAAGAUCAUCAAUUUGGCUCCGAUCAAUCCACCUCCUGCGGCUACUCCGUCCAUGCCCGGCAUGUGCCAUGUCUGCUGCGCCCAUUGUCGUGAAAUAUUUCUGAGAGAUUCCGAUGAGGUCCCGAUGGACCGGUUAUUCACGAGCGUUCGUUCGUUUCAGUUCAACUCACUGACGAACGUCAUGGCCCGUUGUCCGCACUGCCGCAAAGUGUCUUCCGUCGGUGUCGAUUACACCCGACGACGGAAAUGGGCAUUUCUUGUGCUUGGGUUAAUUGCACUGGCCGUUGGUCUCGGUGUCACGUUUGGAACUAUGAAUCUUGCAUCUCACUAUGGCGGGCUGUACGUUAUUCAUGUUGGAGCAUUUUUGAUCGCAAUCGUGUUCCUGUGCCGAGCCUUAUAUUUCCACACCAUGAAAGUGAGCCAUCCGGAUCGUCCUUUGUACUGAGCUGCUGGUAGGGUAUGGUAGAGGGCGCUACGAGGCCUUCGUGGUAUUUUUAUUUUCCUUCUGAUAACGCGAGUUCGGCGACUUGAUGAUUUUCCUCUUGAAAGGUUUUUUUUUCUGGGAAAUGCGUUGUCGAUAGCUUUUGUGGGCAGCGGGAUUUCGUCAUGGUCGACGCGUUUGAGACCCCCUUUUUAUUCGAGCCCCGAGAAAUAUUCCUCUCACUCGGUGUCUUGCCUUUCAAGAGGUUUGGUUUGUGUUUGUGCGUUUUUUUUUUUAACAGGUGGUAGCUUUCCACCAGUCUGAGGUAACCUUGAAGAUUAUGGAACUGCGUCAAUUUCUGUAGUUUUAUUAUUACGCACAGGGGAAACGUGACCAAGUUCUUUUUUUUCCAUUGGCUGGGACAUCUGAAAGAAAGUGUGGUGUGAUCGAGAAAAGACUAGAUGAAUGAAACUUCUCGAACUUUCCGAGAAGAGGUUUUUUUUUUUUAAGAACAAUUCGUGGCAAAUUUGAUUUAGAUUUUAUGGGUCGCAACGUUCUUUUGCAGUUAAACGUUUAAAAUUUUCAAGCGAGAUUAUUUGCAGUUUUGAGCCAAAGAACAAUAAUGAACUGGAUAGUGAAAAUGCUGUAUGCUUAAUUUUCCUGCUGAAUCACCUUGUCUUGAUGUUUUAGCGAUGCAAUACUGAUUUAUUUUAGACCAUGUGAUUUUAGGAAUUUAUAUCAAACGAAGCACCCCCUUAGUUGUGCAGUUAUAAUUUUUUUUUGUGUGUGGCUAAGUGCCUGGAUUUUAUAGAUCCGUUUUCGGAGUGUGAAUGUUUGCUGUUGUAGGAACUGGUGUUUUUUUCCCCGGCAUUCCAAGGGUUUACAAGUUUUGGCUCAAGUUGUUUUUCAAUUUUUCCGCAAUGACACUUGAGCUGGCUGUGCAUUCCCCGAAAUUUAUUUCUGCUAACACAUGUGAGACUGUGAUCCCAGUUUGAAUUUUUCUUAGUGGUUUAUUCCGGCGAAGUGGGGGAAAAGUAAUGUGGGAAUUGAUCGUUAGAUUUAUGCUGCAUUUUUUGGGAGAUGAGGUAUGAUAUCUUGAAAUUUUAUGGUGGUCAGAGUGACAUACUCAGGAGGUUCCUUUUUUUUGGCUUGUAUGCUUGCGUUUUGAGGCUGAGGCGGAAUUUUUGGAUGAAUGAUUCAUUUCAAGCCUUGAGUUUUUUUUUUUUUUCGUGGAAUUUAUGUUCUGAGAUGCGGGAAGCAAUUCUAAGUGCGAAUUUUCGUUUCCGUGGACGGUUUUGUGGAAGGAAAAUUAGUCUUAUAGAUUUGAAGAGGGUUUUUGGAUUCAGUUGCAGUAUUCUUCGGAGUUCUGUCUGGGGAGGUUCCUCUUCUACAUGAAAUCAUUUGUAUUGAAAUGAAAACUGUAUGAAUGCCGUUUUUCUGUGAUUCUCGUUCAUUUUUUGGUAUUUUGCUUGAACAUCAAUCUAAAAUUAUCCGAACCUUUCUUUUCAGGUUACGCCGCC